UACUUGUAGCGAGGUGUCGUGGGUACCCACAUGUGCUAGCCCUUCGAGGAUUUCACAGUUAGCGUGUAGCGCCGUUUCCGCGUAGUGUUGUCGCGCUGCUAUAUCUUUUCCGGUCACGUCUUGUCCUGCCUGAUGCGCCGCUUUUGACCCGUUUCUAAAUGUUGUCGCUGGUAUAGAGCAAUGAUCACCAUCCACCCCGUACCAUUUCCUGGCGUCUGGGGAGCUCCAGGCGCGGAGAAGUGGCAAUGAGUUCCUCUGUCGCGUCGCUAGCUUUCUGUCGUCGUCGUUUCGCUCCUCGUCGUUUCGCUCAUCGUCGCUCCGCGCGUACUCGCGUCCUACUCCAUAUCGAAUCCCCCGCGCGAGAUCGCGCCUCCGAUGCAUAUCGACCUCACUCCCACUCGUGAGUCGUGACCUCCAUAUCCAACCCUACUCGUUUCAACCACGCCAGUCUGACAGUCCGCCAUAGUCGCCUUACCUGACGAGUGCAUCCACCACCAAUCGCCGUGCGCCCUGCAUUUUGAGCCGCCUCAAAAGUACCCAUUCGCCGACGAAUCACAGGAAGGCAGGCAGGCAGACAGGCAGGCAGGCAGGCAGACAGGCAGACAGGCAGCUUGAAACGGCCCUAAACGGAUGAGGCCACGCUCGAGUCUCUUCUCUCCUAUUCUGGCCUCUGCACCCCGCGCAACCGCCGCUGCCUUGCCCGUGCGCGCAACCGUCGCUGCAGUCCUCUUGUCAACCGCCAUGCCUCUCCCCGUACCUGCUUCCGCGUUCGGCGGCUCUCUCGGCUGCCCCGUGCCCGUGCGCCGCCCCCCCGCCUCCCCGCCGUAUCUCGCCGUUCUGCUCUCCCCUCCGCCUCCGCCUCCGCUUCCGCCAGGGCCGACGAUUCCGCGGAUGCUCCGCGCGGGAAGCGCAGCGCGGAACCUGACCGCCCGUGCCUCCGAUAUUGUCACCUCCGGAAAGCUCACGAGCUCGAGAUAUGUGACUGUACCGCGGGAUGGCUUACUUAGCUACAGGUAUUCGGGUUACAGGCACUCGGGUUACGGGUAUUCAGGCUACAGGCACUCGGGCUUUAGUGGUUUUAGCGCAAGGAGAAAAGUGCAAGUGCUGGCGUGGCGGCUAGCAGUGUCCACUAAUUGGUCCCGCGGCGUGAGUUUCUCUAGCGGUAGCGGUUUGACACGCAGCAAGGGAGGCCAGGGAAGCCAGGGAGGUUUCGAUAGAGGUGUUUGUCAGUGCAGCCUAGAGGGAACGCAGCAGAAUACAGUUGGACGGAGCAGCAGCAGCGCAAGCGGCAGGAGCAGCAGCAGCACUAGGGGCGGCGGUGGCGGCGGGAGCAAUGGUACCGGAGCCACGAAUGGGUUGGACGCGUAUGGCGACUUGGCGCGCUAUGGGAUAGAUGACCUGGAGUUCCGUGAGCUGUUCGUGUCUCCUGGUAUUGCCCACGUGGCGACGCACUCCCAGGAGCAGAUGCGCAACCAGCAGGAGAACCAGGAGCAGCAGCAGCAGAUGGAGCAGCGAAUACACGAGCACUUGCAGGAAGCAGAGCAGCGACUACAAGAGCGGCCACUGCAGCAGCAGCAGCAGCAGCAGCAGCAGCAGCAGCAGCAGCAGCAGCAGCAGCAGCAGCAGCAUGAGGGGAUCAGCCUGCAGCAAGCCUCUUCCGACCAGCGCCACCGGAAUCAACAGCAGGAGAGUUCGCAUCCGCAUCCGCAUCCGCAUCCGCAUCCGCAGCAGCAGCAGCAGCAGCAGCAGCAGCAGCAGCAGCAGCAGCAGCUGGGCUCUGUCGAGGCUCUCUCAGCUGAAUCGCUCCCAACUCAACCCCACUCAUCCGUUCCCCCUGUCCCUUCCUCUCCUUCUCCUUCCUUAUCUGACCCCCACUCGAAUCCUCCCCUACACACUCCUGACCAAAACCCUGGCCCGAAUUCCUUAAACCCCCACUCGUUCGGACACUCUAAUACCCAUGUUAGUAGCAGCAGGGGCCGCAGCAGCAGCAGCAGCAGCAGCAGCAGCAGUGAUAGCACAAACGGCGUCUCCUCCCCGGACCCCGCCCGCCUCUCCUCCGCCCUUUCCUUCUCCGCGCAUUCCCCAGAGCAGCAGAAGCAGCAGGCAAAAGCGCAGGAGUGGGGGAACUGGCUCGGGCGGGAACAGGGGGAGGGCGGAACAGGCAUGGGCGGAGUGGGCGUUGGCGGGGGAGCAGACAUGGGGGUAGAAAUGGAUAUGGGCAUGGGAAGGGUCAUGGGGAUGGGUAUGGGUGGGGGUUUGGGGCAGAGCACGGGCAUGGGAGUGGGUGGUUGGGGGGAUAGUGCAAGAAUGAGCAGUCAGAUCGGCUCAGAGCCGAUUGGUCGGAUUGAGAAUGCUAGGGGAAGGGAGGGCGGGGCGUCGGAGGAAGAUGAGGAGGAGGAGGAGGGGGCGGGGACGUGGAGUGUGUACCUGCUGCUGUCGGCCGAUGGCAAGAAGACGUACGUGGGCGUCACUAUGGACGCCGAACGAAGGCUGAAGCAGCACAACGGGGAGGUGGUGGGGGGAGCCAAGUCCACGCGCGCAGGCAGGCCAUGGACGCUCGUGUCUGUCGUGUCGGGGUUUCGAACCAGGAGCGAAGCGUUCCAGUUUGAGUGGCGGUGGAAGAACCCUCGCAAGAUCCGCGGGGACGGCACGGCCUAUGACCGCACGGCCGUGUCCUCCGCCUCAGCUGCCCCUGCGUCCAACGCACCCCCACCCUCAUCCUCACCACACACAGCAGCAGCAGCAGAUUCGGAAGGGGCAGCGGCUGCGGCAGCGGCGCAAUCCGAGCCGCAUGUUUUGGUUCGGCGACAAGCAGCUUUGGAGGAGGCUCGGCGGUCGUUCCCGCAGUGGCAGCACCUGUCCUACUCCUGGCGAGCUUGACUUGCCUUGACUUGGCCUUGACUUGCCUGACUUGGCUGCACAUGGCUGAACUUGAGUCGCGCUGCUGCUGGCUCUGGUCUGGUGGGAUCAUGGCAUUCGUGAUCGCUCGUUUGUGAGGUCUGCUGCCUGCAGUCGCUCUCGCUCGCGCUGUCCGUCAUGCUGUGCUGAGUCGGGGGGCACUUCAGUGACAUGACAUCACAUGCACGUGCGCGUGUGCUGUGGUCUGGAGUAUGGCUCUUUUGAAUACCGUUGCGUCUGGAGUUGGAUUAUUAAACGCUUUGUGUGUGCUAAGUGCAUGCAUGGAUGUGUGCUGUGCACGUUGGUGGUACUAUGCAUGCAUGCAUGGAUGGAUGGAUGCAUGGAUGUAUGGAUGUAUGGAUGGAUGGGUGGAUGGGUGGAUGGAUGGAUGGGUGGAUGGGUGGAUGCAGCCACAACGUGUGUGUUGGGUUUGUUCUACAGUGUCGAGGUGUGUGUGUUGCUCUCUCCAGACAUCCCUUUCCUUGGAUUGGACAAUAGAGAUGCGGCUGGGGAAUCCAUGGGUUAGGGAAACGGGAGGAAUGGCAUAGGGUGCACGGCGCUGCACGGCACGGCACGGCAUGGCACUGCAGUGCACUGCACCCACGUUUCAGGAGUAGAGUAGGCCACCAUGUGGGAAGGUUAGUGCAUUAGGGCUGUUAGGAAAGGGCUGGGUGGAAUGGAGCAGUGCGGCUGGCAAUGGCAAGCACUCAAGGCUGUUAGCAACUUGGCAUGCUCCUUUGUUGCGCACUCUCAAUGAUACUACAGCCCUAGUGGUCAAUGUC